AUGCUCUGCGUGCUCUGCCUGGUCCUCACGGUCCGAGCAUUUACCCAGGAACGCUUCAAGGAGGUGGUGCUGAAGCAGCUGGGGCUGUCCGAGGUCCCUAAACUGCAUUCGAGAGACUUGGUGAAUCUGGUUAUCCCAGAGCACGUCAAGAACAAGUACAUGUCCAUGCUGAAGCGGCAGAGGGUGAAGCGCCGAGCUCUGCCGAGCCUGGCUGGCAUCCUCAGGGGCAUCCCGGGACACACAGGGGAAGUCCUCUACUCCGACACAACCACGCGCCAGAAGCUGGUGUUUGACAUGGAAGGCAGAAUACCUAAAAACAGCGAAGUCACAAUGGCUGAACUGAAACUCUUCAAAAAGCCUGUGGACAGAGCAAAGCUGCCUGCCAGGCAGUCCCUCAGGCCCGUCUCCAACGCCAGAGUCAGCGUGUACUGGGUGCAGCAGCAGCACGAUGGGACCAACAGCACCUCCCUGAUAGAUUCCAGGCUGGUUCCUAUUCGUGAGUCGGGCUGGAAGAGCUUUGAUGUGACCCAGGCCGUGCAUUACUGGCUGAGAGGCAAGGGGCGGGAGCCGAUGUUCCUGGAGGUGUGGAUCGAAGGGGAGAGGCUGGGCAGCUACGCCUCGGAAAUGGCCAAAGCCGUGCGCUUCACCUCGCAGGACCCCAAGGACAAAGCCCUGGGCAAGCCUGAGCUGGUGCUUUACACCCUCAGCUUGGAUGACUACGGGAGCUCUGGGGACUGCAGGGAGGAGGCGGCGCUGGGGAAAUCCACCUGCUGCCGGCAGAAGCACUACAUCAGCCUGCGGGAGCUGCCGUGGGCGCAGCCCUGGAUCCUGGAGCCGGCGGGGUUCCAGGCGUACCGCUGCUCCGGGAGCUGCCUGCAGCCGCCCCGCGCCCCGCGCCGCCCCGACUCCGGGCCCCGCUCCUGCGCCGUGGCCGCCAGCUCGGCGCUGCCCGUCAUCUACCUCGUCAAGAGGGGCAACCACACCGAGAUUGAGGCGGCCGAGUUCCCCAAUAUGAUCGUGGAGAGGUGCAGCUGCGUGGCGGACGGCGUGGCGCUGGUGUGA